UUGGAAUAAAUAGGUGAUCUGCAUGAGGCAGUGAAACCCACUCUGGAGAACGUGGAACCCAACUCUCUUCGUUACCAUGAUUUACAUUUCAGGGUUCGUUGGUUUUCUGCUGGUGCUGACAUCUGAGGCCAAAGUUGGACCCUCCUCUGAGUCAAACCUCUGCACUGAAACAGAAGAGUGCCUGCUGUAUGAUCUAGUUUGUGAAAAUGAAAAUUAUGAGGUGCGUCACUACAGCUCAGUGAAAUGGGUGUCGACAGAUGAGGAAGCCUUCUUCAUGGACACUGCCAUCAUGACAGCCUUCAGAAGAUUGUUCAAGUACAUCACUGGCUCAAACAAGAACGGUGAAAAGAUUGAGAUGACAGCACCUGUUGUUAUCAAAAUAGAUGACAGCAAGAAGCAAUUUUGGCAAUCCAAAGUCUACACAAUGAGUUUCCUGCUUCCAUCUGAGCAUCAGGAGAAUCCACCCCAACCUACUGAUGACAAGGUGUACUUCCAAACUAUGCCAGAAAUGAAGAUGUAUGUAAAGAGCUAUGGAGGUUGGAUGAUGUCCCUUACAGACAAGAUCAACGCUGAUCGUCUGACCAAUCAGCUUGACGCAGUGGGAGCUCAGUACAAACAAGACCACCACUACGCCGUGGGAUAUAACAGUCCCAUGGCACUACGCAAACACAAUGAGGUGUGGUUUGUUGUUGAGGGUGAGCCGCUGUGCCAGCCAGUGAUGAGUGACGGGCCUCUUGUUCCUUGA